GACUUAACGGUUACAUAACCACCCUUGUAUACCUAAAAUCAAUCUGUGACAGCUCUGUAACCAACCUCUACUGCCUAGGGAUUAUGGGACACAACUACAUAGCUGUGGAUCCAUCAGAGACCUUCUUGGAAUAUUAUUCUGUAUAUGGGUUAAAAUUAUAUAUGGGAACCUAAAUCCACAAUACAUGGGAAUCAAAAUCAAAUAAACUAAUUUGAGUUUGAUUCCCAAGUUUUAUGGGUUUAGAUUAUCUAGAAUCAGUUUGAACUAAUUUUGUUUUCUCGGAACUUGUCUCUUUCAAUAUGUUUUUUUGUACCGAAAUUACUGUGAGAUGCAUUUAUGGACAAUGCUUAUACCUGUAAUGCGAUAGGUAAAACAAAUGGUAGUUGCCACUCUAGCAGAAUCUGGUAUGAAUCUCUCGGAUGACGUGAUUGAAAGUAUCAUUGACAAGACAUUUGAGGAAGCUGAUACAAAACAUGAUGGGAAAAUUGACAAGGAAGAAUGGCGAAAUCUUGUCUUGCGGCAUCCAUCCCUUUUAAAGAAUAUGACUCUUCAGUAUCUCAAAGACAUCACCACCACAUUUCCCAGUUUUGUUUUCCACUCGCAGGUUGAUGAUACUUGAACGAAAUAAGUACAUCAUCCUUGUAAGUUUCAGCAGCCUUAGCUGGGAAUGAUGUUUCACCAAUGAAGGAACGAGGUUGUGAGGUACUGGGCGAUACGGUGGAUGGGAUAUGGCGUUUGUUUAUAUUUUCAUUAAGUCGAACUUCAUCUUCUCUUUUUGGAUAGAUGAGGUUUCUCCGUUGUACAAAUGGGCUGGUUUAUUUAUUUAUUUGCUUCAUUGGAAAUAAAAAAAGGGGAGCAACAUAGGAUAUUCAGGUGUCUCACCAUUACGCCGUUAGAUUUGGGGGGAUUUGGAUAUGCCCAGAUCUGGAAAUGGCUGCUACUGCAAAUAAGGGAGAGAAAAAAAGAGGAAGAUGAAGAUGAUGAUAAAGACCGUCCUUAUUUCCCCUGAAAAUAACAUGUCUGUCAAUUUUUCCUUGUCUUUUAGAUGUCGUUUUUUAAGUUUUUGGGUAUGAAAAUAUCGUUUGUGUAUGUUUUGUUGUAAUUAUAUGUUGGAAUUGUUGAACAGAGAAGGCUGAAUUAUUUUGUAAUUAGCACCAACUUUUCUAGAGUUGUAAAAAGGUGUUCCUUGUUUGGGAAGCAUGUUUUAUAAUUUUCUUUUUGCCAA